AGCCUUAACAGGGUAAACACAGCUGUUUUCGUUUACAAGCUAAUUUAUAUAUUUUUUGAGUUCCUAAAAUGUCACUAUUUGCGUUUCUCAAGAGCCGCACCGCGUUCUGGCUGAGCUUCACCGGCACGACGACGGGACUGGCCUUCUUCGUCAAGGAUCUUAUGCAAGGCGGUCAGUUCACCAAAGAAACCAAUGAGACCGGCAAGGUGUUCAUUGUCACCGGUGCCAACACGGGGAUCGGCAAGGAGACGGUGAGAGAGAUUGCGAAGCGAGGGGGCACCGUCUACAUGGCAUGCAGAAACCUAAAGAAAUGUGAGGAGGCUCGCGAGGAAAUCGUGCUGGAAACGAAGAACAAAUAUGUGUACUGCCGGCAAUGUGACCUGGCUUCCCAAGAGUCCAUCCGCCACUUUGUUGCUGCCUUUAAGAGGGAACAGGAGCAUCUGCACGUACUGAUCAACAACGCCGGUGUUAUGCGCUGUCCCAGAUCUCUCACCUCGGAUGGCAUCGAACUUCAGCUGGGGGUUAAUCACAUGGGUCACUUCCUGCUUACCAAUUUACUGUUGGGUCUACUCAAGAAAUCCUCACCCAGCCGGAUUGUAAAUGUAUCCAGUUUGGCACACACUCGAGGAGAAAUAAACACUGGCGAUCUGAACAGCGACAAAUCCUACGAUGAAGGCAAGGCCUACAGCCAGAGCAAGUUGGCCAAUGUACUCUUCACAAGGGAGUUGGCCAAAAGAUUAGAGGGCACCAACGUAACGGCAAAUGCCCUGCAUCCAGGUGUGGUGGACACAGAAAUCAUCAGGCACAUGGGUUUCUUCAAUAAUUUCUUUGCUGGACUCUUUGUUAAGCCUUUGUUUUGGCCCUUUGUUAAGACUCCGAGAAAUGGUGCUCAGACCUCGUUGUAUGUUGCUCUGGAUCCCGAGCUAGAAAAGGUGACAGGACAAUACUUCAGCGACUGCAAGCUGAAGGAAAUGGCGCCGGCUGCCACCGACACCCAAACGGCAAAGUGGCUCUGGGCAGUCAGUGAAAAGUGGACGAAGCCAACGAUGAUUACAAUACAAUAUUUCUUACAGUAUACAAAUUUGUCCAUUUGUUUCGUUUUAGUUAUUUUAACGUGGCCGACUAAUAAGAGUUGAAAGCUCAGGGCUUGUAUGCGUUCGAACUGACGUACCCCGAAACCGGUUAGGGGCAAUUUCUACAUCAUUUGUUUAAAAUAGAUGUGUAUAUCCAUUACAUUUUAACCCGAGCCUUCGGUCCAAAAGUUUAGGUUCAUUUCGGCAGUAUGAAACAUUUUCGCUCUCGCGAAAGUAAGACGGUUUUCGGCUUCUUGUCGCUAUAAGCAAUUUUGAAUGUGUUCGAAUAGUGGUUCUCUGAUUAAAGAACACUCAUAGAAGCCCGUA